AUGGGGACGAGGCAGCGGAAUGAAAACGGCUCCGCCAAAUCGGAGCGCAAGGCCAAGGACAAGAAAAACGCGGCUGAGUUGAGGGAGAAAAUGGCGGAUAAAUUGACGGAGAAAAACGCGGAAGAGAACUUGAGAAGCAUUAAGGAGGUGGAGAUAGCAGCUGAGAGUUCUGAAGAUUCACCAUUUGAUUCUGGCUCGGAUGAUUAUGACGAAGAGAGUCCAUCUGAGGAAGGUGGCUCAUCAAGUGAAUCUGGGUCUGAGCAAAGUAAACACUCUGAGGAUGAGGAUGUCUUUCAAUCAAGUGAUGAUGAGGUGCCCACUGGUGCUAGUGAUGAUGCGGACCAUUCACGUGGAGAUGGUUUUAGCGGAGAUGACAAUGAGAGUGAAAGCGACGACUCUCGUGAAGUAGUUGAGGAGAGUGAUUCAUCUGAAGAUGAGGUUGCACCACGUAACACCGUCGGAAAUGUUCCUCUUGAGUGGUACAAGGAUGAGGAGCAUAUUGGAUAUGAUAUAUCUGGGAAGAAGAUCAAGAAGAAAGAACGACAGAGCAUGCUAGAUUUUCAUCUUGCAAGGGCUGAUGACUCAAAGAGUUGGCGUAAGAUAUAUGAUGAGUAUAAUGAUGAGGAAGUAGAGUUGACUAAAGAAGAGUUAAAAAUGAUAAGCAGAGUACUGAAAGGAAAGGCACCUCAUGCUGAUUUUGAUCCAUAUGCUCCUUUUGUUGAUUGGUUUGUGUGGGAUGGAGCUGGGCAACCACUUUCAGGUGCACCAGAACCAAAGAGGCGUUUCAUUCCCUCAAAAUGGGAGAGUAAAAAGGUUGUCCGGUAUAUCAGGGCGAUCAGGGAGGGUCGGAUUAAACUUGAUGAUAAGCCUAAGGAAGAGCCUAAAUUGUACUCCUUGUGGGAUGAUUCCACCUCUGUGGAAAGACAGGGAUUGGCAUAUAUUGCUGCACCAAAGCCUAAAUUGCCAGGCCAUGAGGAAUCUUACAACCCUUCUCCAGAAUACGUCCCAACGCCAGAAGAAAUAAACUCUUACCAGCUCAUGUUUGAGGAAGACCGACCUAAGUUUAUUCCGAAACAGUUCACAUCCUUGAGAAGUGUUCCCACGUAUGAGAAAGCUGUCCAAGAAACUUUUGAUCGUUGUUUGGAUCUCUAUCUUUGCCCACGUGUUCGCAAGAAACGUAUUAAUAUUGAUCCUGAGUCAUUAAAACCGAAGCUCCCAAGCCGUAAAGAUCUUAGACCGUAUCCAACGACUUGUUAUCUCGAGUACAAAGGCCAUAAAGGCCCAGUCACAACCAUUUGUACCGAACCCACGGGCCAGUGGAUUGCAUCUGGUUCUAAGGAUGGAACUGUUCGCAUUUGGGAAGUUGAAACGGGAAGGUGUUUAUGGACAUGGGACUUUGGAGAGAAUAUUGAGCAAGUUGCAUGGAAUCCUCUGCCUGAGCUUCCGCUUUUGGCUGUAGCAGCGGGCCAAGACAUGUUUAUUUUGAACACUGGAUGUGGAACCGAUGAACAAGAGAAAAAGAUAGAGGAUCUUCUCCGUGUUGAUCCCCAAAAGUCAACAGAAGAGUCUGGUAUUAGUGCAUCCAUUGUUGACUGGGGUCAGGAUGAUAGGCAUGGAGGGAUCAGGUUGAAGCAUUUUAAGUCUGUCACUAAAGUGGAAUGGCACCGUAAAGGAGACUAUUUCUCGACACUUAUGCCAUCUGAUAUCCUUUUCGCGCCAUCAAUACCUAUACGUGAAUCAAGAUCAGUGUUGAUUCACCAGCUCUCGAAGAGACUUACCCAACGUAUUCCGUUCAAGACAAAAGGAAUUCCUGUGUCAACGGCUUUUCAUCCUACUCGUUCAAUAUUCUUUACGGCAUCAAAGAAGGAUGUUCGCGUCUAUGACUUACUAAAGCAAAAGCUCGUUAAGAAGCUUGAUGCUGGAGUCCGAGAAAUCUCUUCCAUAGCUAUCCACCCUGGCGGCGAUAACACAAUUGUUGGAAGCAAGGAUGGAAAGUUGUGUUGGUUUGACAUGGAUCUGUCAUCUCGACCUUACAGAGUCCUCAGGUGUCAUCCGAAGGAUAUUACUGGGGUCGCCUACCAUCGGUCAUACCCUUUAUUCGCCUCAUGCUCUGAUGAUUGCACAGCAUAUGUUUUUCAUGGCAUGGUGUACUCUGAUCUGAAUCAGAAUCCUCUGAUUGUUCCUCUGGAGAUUCUUCGAGGGCAUUCGAGUGCUGAUGGACGAGGAGUUUUGGAUCUGAAGUUCCACCCCAGACAACCAUGGUUGUUUACUGCAGGUUCAGAUUCUGUGAUCAAACUCUACUGUCACUAA